CUCCACCCUUCCAACUGUUCCUUUUAUUCAUUCAACAUUGGAAAAUAAAUACAGAAGAUAAAUUAAGGGCUAAUGAGCAAAUUUGCAAUUCAAUUUAUUUGUGACACGUGGAAAUACAACUGUAUAAUAAUAUGAUAAUUAUUAUUUAAUUUGUCAGCUACUAAAAUACAGGUCAAGGCCUGGCCAAACACGGCGCAUUAGCAAUUUAUCGUAGCUUUCAUUUCUACUUUUCUAUCAGCUGACUAAACCCUAGUCGAUAAACCCUUUUUCUUAGUAAAAAAGUGCCUACGUCGGUGAUUGACAAUGGCGAAUCUCAGCCGACGAUUUGCACCCGGAUCUUCUGCAUUGGUUCGUGAGUUCUCCACGGCGGUGAAAGCUGAGGCGUCGGCGGCGGCGACGGCCGGACAGGAGGACCGUUUGUACCGGAGAUUGUCUGCGUUGGGAAAUAAAAAGGGGACGGUGGCAAGUACGAUAAAUGAGUACAUAAGGGAGGGCAGAUCCGUCAGCAAGUUUGAACUUGAGGCCUGUAUCAAGCAACUCCGCAAAUACAAAAGAUUCAACCACGCUCUCGAGAUAAUGGAUUGGAUGGAUGUUCGAAAGUUUAACUUUGGGCAUAAAGAUUAUGCGGUGCGAUUGGAUCUGAUUGCAAAAGCUCAAGGAAUAGCUGCAGCUGAAAAUUACUUCAGUGGCCUCUCACCCUCUGUUAAGGUUCAUUGCACUUACGGAUCACUUCUGAACUGCUACUGUACGGAGAAGAUGACCGAUAAAGCACUCGAUCUAUUUGCUACAAUGGUUAAAGAGAACAUGGUAUCCACACCAUUACCUCUCAACAAUCUCAUGUCCUUGUAUAUCAGAUUAGGCCAACCAGAGAAAGUUCCUAUCUUAGCCGAAGAAAUGAAGAAGAGAAAUAUUCAACCAGACACGUUUUCCUACAACUUGUUGAUGAAUAGCUACUCGCUUUUGAAUGAUAUCGAGGGAGCUGAGAGAGUUUUCGAAGAGAUGAAACGGGAAAAUGCGAAGCAGUGUAAUUGGACGACAUAUAGUAAUUUGGCUAUUCUCUACACUAGGGUUGGAUAUAAAGAAAAAGCUGCUUUGGCACUGCAGAAUCUGGAGAAGGAAAUGCGCCCUAAUGAUCGUGAGGCGUACCAUUUCUUGAUAACCUUGUAUGCUGGAAUAUCCGAUCUUCACAAUGUCCAUCGAAUUUGGAAGGCUUUGAAGUCAACUAUGAGAGUAGUAACAAAUAAUAGUUAUAUUAUCAUGCUUCAAUCUCUUAGGAAUUUGGAAGAUAUAAAGGGAGUGAAGAAAUGCUUUGAGGAAUGGGAGUUGGGAUGUUCUAAUUACGAUGUUAGAUUGGCCAAUACAGCUAUCGGUGCUUACCUAACACAAGGAAUGCUUGAAGAAGCUGAGUCGACCCUCCAAAAUGCUGUCAGUAGAUCGAGAGGACCUUUCUUCACUGCAUGGGAAAUGUUUGUGAUUUUUUUCCUGAAAAAGAAUCAAAUAAAGCAAGCUUUGGAGAUAAUGGAUAUCGCUACAUCUAGAGUUCGCGAAGGUGAAUGGCGCCCUAAAUCUGACACCACAGAGAAAUUUCUGGACUAUUUCAAGAAAGAGGGCGACGUGGACGGUGCUGAGGAAUUCUAUAAGUUGAUGAAGAGGAUAAAUUGCAUCGACAGAGAUUUGUUGAAAAUGUUGCUUCAGACCUAUGUGGCUGCUGGUAAAACACAGCUUGAUAUGCGUGCAAGGAUUGAGGAGGAUGGGAUUAAAACGAACAAGGAGCUUGAAGAUUUGCUUGCAACUGUUUGCCCUGAAUGACGAAUGCACUUGCCUAUAUUCUCUCCAUGUCUGUAAUGGAGAGAAUUUAUAUAGGUCACACUGAGCAGAAAAAAUCGGAUUUCUCUUUCCAAUAACGGCAUUAGGGCAGAAUAUUCCACAUAGAGCAGAGGUUGAGUCUUGAAACGAAGAUGGUGCAGUUGACUUGACAGUAAGUUUUUGGUACAGAGAGCAGUUCCUAUGAACAAUAAGUUGAAGAUGAAUAAUUUAACUUGGUUAGAUGGUUGAAUUGAGAAUUUGUAUUAUCAACCAGCAACAGCAACUUUGUAGUUAUGUGGCACCACUUAUAUUCUUGUGGUUUGAGGUUUUGGGUUCAAUUACAAAAUGUGUGCUGUAAA